GCAGGUUGGUUUUUUACGGGAGCCGAGCUAGUCACUCCUACGAUCUGCGACGGCGAGGUGCGAGGCGGAGGAGCAGCAGACGAUGGCGGCGCCGGCGGAGGAGACGGUGAGGGCGUCGCACAUCCUCGUCAAGCACGAGGGAUCCCGCCGCAAGGCCUCCUGGAAGGACCCCGACGGCCGCGUCAUCUCCGCCACCUCGCGCGCCGACGCCGCCGCGCGCCUCGCUGAGUUCCGCGACCAGAUCCUCUCCGGCCGCGCCAGCUUCGCCGACAUCGCCGCCCGCCACUCCGACUGCUCCUCCGCGCGCCGCGGCGGAGACCUCGGCACUUUUGGGAGGGGGCAGAUGCAGAAACCCUUCGAAGAUGCCACGUUUGCUCUCAGGGUUGGUGAGACGAGUGACAUUGUGGACACUGAUAGUGGGGUUCACAUCAUCCUGCGCACUGCUUGAGACACUGAUGUGGUCCAUCAGCUGUGUGGCUUCCAAAUGUCAUUUCUGGUAGCCUAAAACUCCAAGCCAAAAUGAAUAUGGUUAAUUACGCAACCUGCGUUUGUUUCAACAUUUGAGCUGAUGGCAUGGCGCAUAGCAGCGUUGAACGUUUUAAGAUCCUAAUGUUGGUUUUUUCAGCAAUUGUUCGUCAUUUAUUUUUCGGCAAGAUUGGAACUAGUUUGCUGUUUCAACUUCAAGUAGAACAAAUGAAGCAAGUGCGAAUUCCUGUGAACCUGGCUUCAUCUGUGGCAUCUUUUGACAGAUGAGUGAAUGUUAUAUUUACAACUCAUGGCAUUCUAUCCAAA